GAGCCGCUGCCUCAGCAGUUCCGGGUGGGGCGUGCGAGUCCGCGCCACCUGCAGCGGCUAGGAAAAGGAACUCCGGCUGGAGCCGGGCGGGCCCGCGGGGCGGAGGCGGCCUUGUGGCCGGAAAGGGGACGGUUUAGAAACAACUCAUGGAAGAUUGUACAGUUCAACUGGUAGAACAGCAUUAGGAAGACUCACUAAAGAAUAAUUUCCUAACCUUAAAUAAAAGGUUGUCAUCUGAAAGAGGAGGAGAAGAGAGCUGAGGGGGAGGCUUGAUGAUGAAGAAUGAAAUAAUCUAUGAAACUUGAUGAAUCCUAAGGGCCUCCAAUCAAGGGCCCACCUGCCGAAUAAAGAAGGUGAAGUAAAAAGGGAAAAAGAUUAUUAAAAAAUGUCAGGCAACAAAGAAAGGAAGAAUGCUUCAGUUCUUCAUGAAGCUGUGUAUAAGCAAGAAACAUCUUCAUUAACUGAUUUUGUAGAGCAAGUUGCGAAGCAACAACAAUCACAAAUAUCAGAAAUAGAAAAAAACAAAAAAACCCUGCUUCAUUUACAGAAUGAACUUCAUGAACUUGAAAAACAAAUAGUAGCAGUCUCUGCAGAAACUAAAGAAACAGAAAGACAAAUUUAUCAGCAAGAUACUGCCAUCGAGAAUUCCAAACUUCAGUGUGGAAGCCUGGAAAUUCAAAUCAAGACCUUACAUACAGAAAAUAUAAAGCUUAAAUUUGAUAUAGCAGCAGCACAAGAAGAUUUUGGAGAACAGAUGAAAAGAUAUAAUGCAUAUUAUGCAAAAAUAAAGGCAUAUAAAGAUAGUUUGGGGGAAAUAGAAAGAAAAUGGUCAUUUAUGACUGAACUUUAUGAAAAACGAGAUCUUAUUAAAAAACUAAAGACAAUGAAAGAGGAACUUAGGCAAGACCUCCAAGAUCCAGAAGGAAACAAAAUAACAAAAACUCAGGAAGAUAUUUCAGAGCUAAGGAAUAAGAUUGCAACCAUAAAAGAAUCUAUCAUUGAAACAACUUGCUUUCUUGAAGAAGAAAAAAAGAUACAUGAAAACUUAAGAAAAGAAAUAGAGGUACAGUAUAAGAGGUAUGAUGCAAUUCUGAAGCGUCUACAUUGCCAAGUGAACAAGCUUCAGUCAAAUAGAAGACAAUGGCAAUGGAACAUUUUACAGCUGGAAAAAACUGCAGCUGAACUAAGGAAAUCUAUAGGAAUGAGCAACUAACAUUGCCAUAGGGAAACUGGAUGGAGACCAUGCCAAACAAAAUUAUAGAACAGAAUAUUUAAUAAAAUCUUUUGGUUUCUUAACAAGCAACCACUGUGUUGACGGAUAUAUUUUCUCUUUUAAAAAUUAGUUAUCCAUUGGUUAAAGUAUUUUUACAACGUUAUAAUGAACAGCACUAGACAGACAAUAGCAAUCCUUACGGGAGAAUAGUGGAAGAGUCUCUGUGAGUAUUUCAAGUGUGCAGGCUAUCUAGUAUUCAAAAUGUAUAUUUAUAAAAAUGCUGCAUUUACAAUAUAUUCAAUACCCUAUCAAAAUUUAGAAGAAAAUAAACAAUUGAAUUUUUAAUGAUUUAAAUUGAAAUACUAAAAAUGGUUUCAAACUUUUCUAUCACUGCCUUUAUAGUAGUCUAUAAAUAUUAAUAUUCACAAUAAUGUUAUUAUAUGUUUAAUACCUUAAACAUUUUACUUUCCUUGUCCAAGAAAUAGCAGCAUUUUCUUUGUUGUUAAAUAAAUUUUAGAGUGUUGCAAUGCAUAAAUUCUUUUGUUCAUUUUUCUGUCUACAAUUUGUUUAUAUCCUGUGACUAAAAGCACUACAUCAUAUCAAACAAACAUAAAAUCUUAGAAGUGUUAACAACUAAUAUAUAUUGUUCAUAGGGCAAUAAAUCAAAAAUUAACUUGGCUUUUUAAGAUAAAGUAUUCCCUCUCAUUACUUCUUUGAGUCAAAUACAAGUUAAAGGUACAGUUUUCUGAGGUAUAAAAAGUAAAGCCAUAUUAAUAUGCUGAGCU